CUGCUUGAUUUAGGUGACGUAGUCGUCUGAGAGGAGGAGCGGUGUGGCCGGCAGAUUGUUGGGAAACUGCGGCCUGGUCUGUGGAGUUCGUAGACGUUCUUGGUCACGAUGCCUUCAAUAAAGCUGCAGAGUUCUGAUGGUGAGAUUUUUGAAGUAGACGUUGAAAUAGCAAAACAGUCUGUGACUAUCAAAACAAUGUUGGAAGAUUUGGGGAUGGAUGAUGAAGGAGAUGAUGAUCCUGUUCCACUUCCAAAUGUUAAUGCUGCCAUUCUAAAAAAGGUGAUCCAGUGGUGUACUCACCACAAAGAUGACCCUCCUCCACCUGAGGAUGAUGAGAAUAAGGAAAAGAGGACAGAUGAUAUUCCCGUAUGGGACCAAGAAUUUCUUAAAGUUGACCAAGGAACACUUUUUGAACUUAUUUUGGCAGCCAACUAUUUGGAUAUCAAAGGAUUGCUUGAUGUCACCUGCAAAACAGUGGCCAACAUGAUUAAAGGCAAAACACCAGAAGAAAUCAGAAAGACAUUCAACAUAAAAAAUGACUUUACCGAAGAGGAAGAGGCACAAGUACGCAAAGAAAACCAAUGGUGUGAAGAGAAAUGAGCUGGUGGUGUGUCCCUUUGACAGUAACACACUGUAUGAUUUGUUCUAAAUAGUUGCACUGCUCUGUUUAUAAUAGACAAGUCAGCUCAACAGCUUACCAUUUAGCAGCAGGGUGUUUUGCUGCAUGUUUUUUGUCCUGUAUA